AUGACCUUCUGCUCUGCUCUGGCAAGUCUUUUCAUUCCAAACAUCGACAAUGUAGCAGGAAACCUACAUCUCCCAAAGACUCUUGAUGGAUUCAACGUCUCUUGGAUAAGCAAUAAUCUAUCUGUAAUCUCACAAGACGGCCUCGUAACGAGGCCAACCGAGGACUCGCAAAUCAUUCUCCGCGCGCGAGUUGACCAUGAAGGGGCUCAUCGGGAGCGCGAGUAUGUUGCUUCAGUCAAGAGAGCCGUGCAACUUGAUUGUUUUACGGGCUAUGCAUUUGCAUACUUCACCGGAAACUCCAAAGAAGGAGAGAACAUCUUUUUCGCUGCGACCAACGGCAACAACGCCUUAGACUGGCGUGAGCUGAACAACGGCCAACCAGCGCUGACAUCUUCGAUGGGCACGAAAGGUUUGCGUGACCCCUUCAUAAUUCGGUCUGCCGAAGGAGAUAAAUUCUUCUUGCUCGCUACUGAUUUGUCUAUCGGUUCCGGAACAUCUUGGUCCGAUUCUGUCAAAUUCGGUAGCCGAUAUCUCGAGGUAUGGGAAUCUAACGACUUGAAAACUUGGUCUGCACAACGCCAUGUCUUGGUAAGCCCACCGGAGGCUGGUAACACCUGGGCUCCAGAAGCAUUCUAUGACAGCUCGAUCGGGGAGUAUGUCGUAUACUGGGCCUCCUCUCUAUACGCCGACGAUGAUCCAGACCGGAUCGGAGCCACAUAUCAUCGCAUGCUCUACUCAACAACGCGCGACUUUGUAAAGUUUUCGGAAACAUCAGUUUGGCAAGAUGCAGGAAAGUCGCGCAUCGAUUCUACAGUAAUCGAAGUCGGUGACGUGUACUAUCGCUUCACUAAGGAUGAGGGCGCGGCUGAGACGGGAUGCACCGACAUUAUCCAGGAGAGAUCGGAUUCACUCCGGUCGGAUCUAUCGCAAUGGACGCAAAUCGCCUCGUGCAUCGGCAAGAAUGCUGGAACCAGCGCUGUUGAGGGGCCCACUUCUUUCAGAUCAAAUCCGGGUGAUGUGAAUGGAGACAAGUUCUAUCUUUUUGUUGAUGAAUAUGGAGACAGGGGAUAUAUUCCUCUUGAGACUGCAGACGUCGCAAAUCCACAGUGGAAAGUGUCAUCAUCGUACAAGUUGCCGUCAAGCCCACGACAUGGAACGGUUAUUGGAAUAACUGCAGCAGAGCUUGAGUCUUUGACAAGCACCACCUAGCGAUCUCCACGAACGGCAAUAGAAGAACCGUGAUCGAUGAAGUGACGAUCGGUCUAAAGAAAAGUUUGAUGACUAACAUUGUUUCCUGCUUGAAUACCAAGUAGUGAAGAUGAUGAUCUGUAGACUUUUCUAGCUUCAAUAGUCGUCAUCG